AUGGGAAACACGGCUUCCACCCUCUCUCGGUCAUCGACCCCAAACGGCCUCGACCUCCACAAGAAGCCCUCCCUCUUCCAACGGUCAAAAUCCUCCCUUCAGUUCAGAAAAAAGUCAAAAUCCUCUUCCUCCCUCGUCAAUGGUGCUGACCACCACCACACCGGCUUCUCUUCAUCCUCAAACUCCCUCAACAAUCCCACCUCCUCCUCCUACAACAACAGCAACAGCAACAACUCUCGAUACAUCUCCAGCCAAAUGAACAACAGCCAAGUCGUACCAACAAGUCGCCAUGCUUCUAUUGACUCUUCUCACAACGACGACUAUUCCUCCGGAUUCUCCCAUCACUCCUCCUCCUCCGACUCGAACCAGUCUAAACUCUCCACAUUCAACUUUGACAACUCUACCACCCACUCGGGCACGUCCUCCAUGCCCACGUCAACCCUCCCUGAAUGGGCGUAUCACAGUCGACGCUGUGAUGACGGCCGCACCCGACACACUGUCGAGAGUGCACCCUAUAUGCUCCCCAACGACCUCACUGAAUCCGACCGCCUCGAUGCACAGCACUACCUUGUCCGCUUUAUCUUUAAGGGCAACUACAACGUCCAGCUCGACCCCGAGUCCUCUAACUUGAGGAUCCUUGAUGUCGCAACUGGUACCGGUGUGUGGGCUCUGGAGAUGGCACAUGAGUUCCCCAAGGCCGAGAUCCAUGGUGUUGAUAUCUCGGCCAUCUUCCCCACCGAGAUCAAGCCCCCCAACUGCCACUUCCAGCUGUGCAAUAUCCUUGAUGGUCUGCCCUUCCCUGACAACCAUUUUGAUUUCAUCUACCAGCGCCUUCUUGUCUAUGCUCUUUCUCCAGUCCAGCGCCGACAGGUCAACGCCGAGUUGCUGAGAGUGUUGAAGCCAGAGGGAUUUUUACAACUAGUCGAGUCGGAUGGAAUUGUGUACAACCCUGGCCCUCAGAUGGCAAAGAUCAACCAGCUCUCGCUCGAAACAUCCCUCCGCCAUGGCGUUGACCCGCGCGAGGUCCAGACGAUGAAGCCCGGUUUGAAACAAGCGGGUUAUACCAGCGUCAACUCCUUUAACAUUGCCCUCCCGGUCGGAGCGUGGGGCGGUAAGGCUGGUUCGCUGUCUCUCCAGAACAUGCAUGGUCUUGCAACGAUCUGGCUCAAGGGAGAAGUCAGCAAGAUGACCCAGGAGGAAUGCGAUGCCGCCCUGAAGGUUGCCGAUGAAGAAUGUGAGGCCAAUCAGUCGUAUUACAAGGUCUGGCUCGUCGUCGGAACCAAACCUAAGGAGCCCAAGAAGAUAACAACUUCGUCUACGACAGCAACGCCAAACACGGCUGGGAAGGUGCCUGUCCUUGUCUCGACAUCGUCGUCGUCGUCGGACAUCCCAAGGGUAUCAUCAUCCCAUCCUGCGGAGAGGAAUAGCUCCAUGAGCGCCUAA